CAAGACAUGCAACAUAAGGCCCUCUGCAAACAGAAGACGUGACCAGAAGGUGGGGAACUAAAUCAAAAUGAAAACAUUUCUUCCGCUCCUUCUUGUUGCGACGGUGUGUUUCGGAGACUUGGCCACCGAUCCAAUACUCUAUCCAUAUGGUCCAUCAGAGGGAGACAAAGUAACCCCCAAAAAAGAUGACGGAGCAACUAGUGCCAUUCCUAUCUCUUCUGUUUUUAUCUUUUUUGAAAAGCAACAUAAUUCGCUCUAUGUGAACAACAAUGGGGUGAUCUCUUUUGGCGUGGCCGUGUCCAGCUACACCCCUAAUGCUUUCCCUCUGGCAGACGGAAGACCCUUUGUUGCUCCCUACUGGGGGGAUGUCAACAAUGAAAUAGCAGGGACAGUUUAUUACCGUGAAAGCAAAGACCCAAAUCUAUUGGAGAGGAUAUCCAACGACAUGAGGAAGUACUAUCCAAACUUUAAUUAUAGGGCCACAUGGGCCUUUGUCGCCACUUGGGAUAAAGUCGCUUACUAUGGAUCAAGUUCUAGAAAGACAAACACUUUCCAGGCUGUCCUGACCACCGACGGCAAACUAGCCUUCAUCAUCUUGAAUUAUGGGAUCAUUACUUGGACAACAGGAAAGGCCAGCGGUGGAGAUCCUCUUACAGGAUUAGGAGGUAUCCCAGCACAGGCUGGUUUCAACAGUGGAGACAAGACUAAUUACUUUAAUAUUCCUGGGUCAAGGACACCUGAUAUCGUUAACAUUAAUAAGACAUCCAAUGUAAACACCCCUGGGCGCUGGGUCUUCAAGGUGGACAAGUUCAGGGUGGCGGGUGGAUGUGUCUAUGAAGCUCAUUUUGUGCGCUACAACGAGACCUUCUGGAAGGAUCCCACCUGUGAGACGAAGUGCAGAUGCAACAUGGAUGGGGACGUUGAGUGCGAGCAGGAACGGUGCUCCGGAAAUUUGGUCUGUCGGCCCUCGACCUGGCACUACUCAUGCAAAAUUGGCAUUGGCCUAUGCUUUUAAGGGGACUCAUCACACAUUUCCCUUUGUAUUAUCAUUAUGUUUCCUCUUCUAAGUUUUAAAAGUACAGUUAGAAAUAUGAAAUAAAGAAUUAUUAGCAUAACUUAAAAAAAUCUAUAUUCUUUGCAUAUAAGUUCUGGUCUUGUCAUUGGUAUUAUGUGCUAAGAUCAAUAUUAAAAGCAAGCAAUAAAACAUUCUAGCACGA